AGGAAGAGGCUCCCAGCAGUUCUUAUCCUUCUACUUCUUUUUGGGCAUGUACAGUACACGACCAGCCGUGUCGUCUCCAACUUUCCUGCAUCAAUUCUAUUUUUUAUUUUAUUUUUUUAAGACCGCUAAAAACGUGGAGUUUGCUGCGCCUCACCUGCACCGCAUCGGACUAUAACAACGGAGUGAUUUUUUUGUUUGUUUUAAUAUUUAUUUUUAUGCGCCGCUUUUCGUCGUUUUUCUUGUUUUGAAUGUGGUUUAUAGUUCGUCGGCAUCAUUAGAAAAUAUUUUUGAACUCUUCUUUUAUUCCGGCAGUCGAAUUGAAUGUUAAAAGACACGAUGCGGAUAACGCUUUGAAGAAGAAUGGAGGUGAUAAGGCAUUAAAACUUGGCGCCAAACCGGAUGACUCCGAGCUGAGGUGUUGUCACUCCGCCUCUUAGUCCUCAUCCUGCAGUGAAGAAAAAGAAGAUAACAAGCAUGGCUGACUUGUGGCAUCGCACCGCCGACCCUCUCCAGACGCGCCUUCAAGAUCUCUAGAAAAAAAAACCUUUCCUGCGAUCAAAACCGAAUGUUCUCCCAUGGCGGUGGGACGAGCUCGGGGAUCGGACGACGGGAAGCCGGCCAGCGAGGGACGCAGCAGGUGAAAUAGGAUCCGAGCGCGCACUGUUCCAACGCACACCGAGCGCGCCUUUGCGCAUCGCUGCCUGCGUGGAGAUGAAGCAGCGCAGCCACCUUGUUGCUGCACCGUCAACCUGCACCGUUUCUCCGUCGGCUGCUGCGACUCUCCGCCCAUGUCCCGUCCACGCAACACUCUCAGCUUCAAGGCUGCUAAAUGAUUUUCUGGGGGAGGACUUUUAACCGACGAGAUGAUGCUCGUACUCCUGCUGGCCGCCUUUUCCUCCUCCAUCUCAAGCUCCUCCUUCUCCUCCCCCUCCAUGUCGGACGGACCCCCGAUGGCGGACCCGGACUUGAUGGCCGAAACGUGUAGCGCCUGCUCGUGCAUGUCUGUGGAAAACGUGCUAUAUGUCAACUGCGAGAAGAUCGCCGUGUACCGGCCAACACAACUUGUUCCACCAGUGUCGUCGUUAUACCACCUCAAUUUCCAAAACAACUUCUUAAUUAUUCUCUAUCCGAACUCGUUCCUCAACUUCACCCAUGCUGUGUCUCUGCAUCUUGGCAACAAUCAGCUGCAGAACGUGGAAGGCGGCGCGUUUAUGGGGAUGAGUGCGUUGAAGCAGCUGCACUUGAACAAUAACGAGUUGAAUGUGUUGCGAGCAGACACUUUUCAAGGGAUAGAAAACUUGGAGUACCUUCAGGCCGACUACAACUUGAUAAAGUACAUUGAAAAGGGAGCAUUCAAUAAACUGCACAAGCUAAAAGUGCUGAUUUUAAAUGACAACCUUAUACAGGCACUUCCUGACAACAUAUUUCGCUUUGCCUCCCUCACACACCUGGAUAUAAGAGGGAAUAGGAUCCAGAAGAUUCCAUAUUUGGGGGUCCUGGAGCACAUUGGACGCAUUGUUGAGCUUCAGCUGGAUGAUAACCCCUGGAACUGUUCGUGUGACUUGGCACCUCUCAAGGCGUGGCUUGAAAACAUGCCCUAUAAUAUUUUUAUUGGAGAGGCCAUAUGUGAAACACCAAGUGACUUAUAUGGAAGGCUACUAAAAGAAACCAACAAGCAGGAGCUUUGCCCCAUGGGCACAGGAUCGGACUUUGAUGUGAGAAUGCCACCUGCGCUCCCUGAUACCGGCCAAUCCCCCUCUAAAAUAUCCCCCACCUCUGUGGUUCAAAUUGCCACCAAAUCACCAAAAACCACGGACGCCUCUAAAAUAUAUGGUAAUGGCAUUGUAGCCGGUUCACCCCCCUUUGGUAGAAAUAGCCAGAUUGUUUCUUUUCAAACGCGUACCCCGCCGCUGUUGUGCCCAAAGCCCUGUAGUUGUAAAACCCACCCUUCCGAUUUCGGCAUUAGUGUCAGUUGUCAGGAAAGAAAUGUGAAAAAUCUAGUUGAGCUCCUUCCUAAACCCCCAAACGCCAAGAAACUCCACUUAAGUGGGAAUUACAUUCGUGACAUAAGCCCAAAUGAUUUCCAAGGGUUUGAAGGUUUGGAUCUGCUGCAUCUUGGCAGCAACCAAAUUGUAACUGUUGAGAAAGGAGUGUUCGCAAACCUCACAAAUCUGAGAAGACUGUAUCUGAAUGGGAAUCAGAUAGAACAGUUACACCCUGAGAUGUUUUUGGGCCUCACAAAUCUGCAGUACCUAUAUCUGGAAUAUAAUGCCAUCAAAGAAAUCUUGGCGGGCACCUUUGAUUCAAUGCCAAAUUUACAACUACUGUAUCUCAAUAAUAAUGUUUUGCGGAGUCUCCCCGCUUAUGUGUUUGCUGGCGUCUCUUUAGCCAAACUAAAUCUAAAAAACAACCAUUUCAUGACACUGCCAGUAAGUGGGGUCUUGGACCAGCUACGGUCUUUGACCCAGAUAGACUUAGAGGGGAACCCGUGGGAGUGUUCUUGCGACUUGGUUGCGCUCAAGCUGUGGCUCGAAAAGCUUAACGAUGGAGUGACUGCUAAAGAAGUGAGAUGUGCCUCCCCUGUGCAGUUCGCCAACAUCGAACUGCGCCUCUUAAAAAACGAGAUCCUGUGCCCAAAGCUGAUAGCACGACCACCGUUUAUUUUUACCAGCGCCACCCCUCUUUUGACUUCAUUGUCACCUGCUGGGGUCGGCAAAGCCCCUCCAGGAGGGCCUGUACCUCUCUCAAUCAUGAUCCUGAGUAUUCUUGUUGUGCUAAUACUUACGGUGUUUGUGGCCUUCUGCCUUCUAGUCUUUGUCCUUAGAAGGAACAAGAAACCAGUCGGUCGGCAGGAGCUGGGGAAUCAGGAGUGUGGGUCAAUGUCACUGCAGCCUUACCGGCAUGGACAUAAGUCGGGCAAAAAAGGAUCCAUCCCAGGAGAUGACUUGGGAGGCGAAACAUUUAUUCCACACACCAUUGAACACAUUGGCAAGAGUCACACAUGCGGGAUCGGACGCUCGUCAGACAUUGAAGCCGGGUUUAAGUUUGCUGACUCGCAGAGGCAGAAGAUUAUCCUCCGGAGUAGCGACGACAAAGACGCACUAUCCACCCUGGAGCGCAACAAGCGCCUCAGUACAAUCGACGAACUGGAGGAAUUCCUCCCGAACCGAGAGCCCAGCAUGUUCAUCCAGAACUUUCUGGAAGGCAAGAGAGAUUUCAACAGCAUAGGAAUGAGUGGAUACGAAAUCCGCUACCCAGAGAAAUCGCUGGAUCGAAAGAUGAAGAAGUCGUCGCUGAUAGGCGGAAACCACAGUAAAAUUGUGGUGGAGCAGAGAAAAAGUGAGUAUUAUGAGCUGAAAGCCAAGCUGCAAGGAACACCUGAUUACCUCCAGGUGCUGGAGGAGCAGACUGCACUGACUAAAAUGUAGAAAUUGUUGUCUUUGCUUCGGUACAGUGAACACACAAACACAUAAAGACGGUCUUCUUUUCUUUUGCUCUUUCUCCCCUUUUAGUCACACACAUCAUUUAACCCCAACUCUCCGUUAUCUCUCUGCAGCCAGCUGAGCGCGUGCACUCACACACACACACACACACACACACACACACACACACACACACACACACACACACACACACACACACACACACACACA